ACUGUCUAACAAUCUUUUUUAUCCUCGACGAACACUACCUGGGAACAACCAAAGAAGAAGGAUCUAGGGUUAGGAUCAAACGACCCUCCCUCCAAAACUCCAUUUUAUGCCCCUCAGCUCCAGCUCAGAUCCUCCUGAAGACGCGUAUCAUCUAUUGUAUCAGCGCGAGCGAGCAGAAAUCUGACGCCUUUGGAUUGAACCAUAGAAAUUAGAAACCCAUUCUCGUGUUUGAUUGUUCCAUGGCCAAGACUAGACCUGGGAAACGAGACUUGGACUCUUACACCAUUAGAGGCACUAACAAGGUUGUCAAAGCUGGAGACUGUGUGUUGAUGCGCCCUCCAGAAAGUGGGACUGCCUCUUAUGUGGCACGAGUGGAGAAAAUUGAAGCUGAUAAUCGGAACAAUGUGAAAGUGCGGGUUAGGUGGUAUUACCGGCCAGAGGAGUCAAUGGGAGGGCGACGCCAGUUUCAUGGAGCAAAAGAGUUAUUCCUGUCGGAUCACUAUGAUGUUCAAAGUGCCGACACUAUAGAAGGGAAGUGCACUGUUCACACUUUCAGGGCCUAUGUUAAGCUUCAGAACGUUGGGACAGAGGAUUACUAUUGUCGAUUUGAGUAUAAAGCUGCAACUGGAGCUUUUAUACCAGACCGUGUUGCAGUGUAUUGCAAGUGUGAGCUGCCGUAUAAUCCCGAUGACCUGAUGGUACAAUGCGAGGAGUGCAAGGACUGGUAUCAUCCUGCCUGUGUGGGCAUGUCUGUCGAGCAGACAAAACAACUCGAUCAAUUCGUUUGCUCUGAUUGUGCAUCCGAUCCAAAUGUGAAAAAGCCCCAGAACUCAGAUGCUGCCUCUCCAAUAACUAGUGGCAAGGUUGAGCCCAAGCGCCAGAAGAGGUAGGCUGAAGAUCAGACUGGCGAUGCCAGAAGAUGGUUCCAUUGCGGUGGGUGUUUUGUGUACAGUGCAGAGAAAUGGAAAACGCGACAUCUGAUCUCUUCUCUGCUUUAGACUAUAAGCCUCUGUCAGUAGUGUUUUCUCGAGUGUAGUUACAGUAGUAGCCUCCGAUCCUGUACUUAAUGUAUGGUGUUGUGUACUAGUAGCUAGCUAGGGUUGUUGAAAACUAUGUUGUUGGAUACACUCUUUGGAAUUAAACCAGUAAUUCAGCUAGAAUUCAUGAACUCCCAUAUGUUAUUAAUUGUCUAUUGUUAACCUUAAUUUCUGCAAAAUUAAGUUGAUGCUCUA